UAGACCAGGCUGCAGCUGACAUGUCGUAGUGAUGUAAUGCUGCCCGCCUGGUGAACUACGGAUGGCUGUGUGCGCCAGGCUCUGCGGAGUGGGCCAGUCGCGAAGGUGCCGGAGGCGACAGCGGCAGAACCAACAGGGUCAGGGGAGCGAUUCCGACAUGGACGAGGAAGAAGGGGAGCGGAUCGUGGGCCAGCCGCAGGGAGACGUCUCCGGCGGCGCCACUGCAGGGCCGAGUGACGCCCGCGAAUAUGGCAGCGGCCGUGUCAACAGACUAGGCUCCAGCACCGGACCCCCGCACCCGCAGUCGCUGUCGGAACUCCCGCCGGAGCUGCUCGUGGAGAUCUUCUCCCUGCUCCCCGGAACAGCGCUGCCGAGCGUGGCGCUCGUCUGCAAGGCGUUCAGACAGAUCCUCAACAUGGAGACCAUCUGGAGGAGGCGCUGCAUCGAAGAGUUUGAUAUGAAGGGGGAUCUGAGGAAGGUGGAGGUGGGAGGAGUUUCUAGCAGGGAGCUCUAUGCGAAACGUGUCGACCCUCGGGUGAAGUCUGGGCGCUUCAUGAAGCUCCUGCCUGACUACGAGCACAUGGACUAUAGAGACGUGUACACACACUUGCUUUACCCUUACAGAAACAUCUUGGGCAUAUGGCAGCCUGACAUCGGCCCUUACGGCGGAUUGCUCAACGUUGUGGUGGAUGGGCUGUUCAUCAUUGGCUGGAUGUAUUUACCACCUCAUGACCCUCGCGUGGAGGAUCCCAUGAGAAGACGGCCACUCUUCCGUGUCCACAUGUUGGAGAGCAAUAAGGCCACAGUGGAGUGUAUGUACGGACACAAGGGUCCCCACAAAGGGGACAUACAGACUGGCAAGAAGGAUGAAUUUUCAACGAAAUGUAACCAGACGGAUCAUCACCGCAUGCCAGGAGGCAGACAGGAGGAGUUCAGAACAUGGCUGGAGGAAGAAUGGGGCCGGACGUUGGAAGAAAUCUUCCAUGAACACAUGCAGGAGCUCAUCCUGAUGAAGUUCAUUUACACGAGUCAAUACGAUAACUGCCUGACGUACCGGAGGAUCUACCUUCCUCCUAGAAUGCCCUCCGACCUGCUGCAGCCAGGCCUUUUCAAAGGGACCUACGGCAGUCACGGCUUGGAGAUCGUCAUGCUCAGCUUCCAUGGGACGUCUGCAAGAGCCACCAAACUCACUGGAGACCCCAACGUUCCUGCAGGGCAGCUCACGUUAGACGUGGACCUGAGCCGGCCCGUUGUCCUCCCAGACCUGGAACACCAGCGCAGAAUAGAGGAACUGUCUCAGCUCGUACUGGGGGUACACGCGGAGGUGCAGAGGGAAACGGAACAGAGGGCCAAGGUUGUCUCUCCCACGGUCAGCGGUGCAGCAGCAGAGGAGGCCUGUGGCGGUGCCGGCGUGGCGGAAGGGUUGGAGGUCGACCAUGGUGCCAGUUCAGACGGCUGCCAGCCCGACCCCAGCAGCAGCAGCACCAGUCCUCUAGAGACUCAGCCGUUUGUCCUGCCCCUGGGGGUUAUGGCUCGCAACGAGGUGUACCCCCGCACCUGCAGGAAAUGCUUCUAUGGGACAGGCCUGAUCGCGGGGCACGGCUUUACGAGCCCCGAGCGCACCCCGGGGCUCUUUGUGCUCUUUGAUGAGGACCGCUUUGGUUUCAUCUGGCUGGAGCUGAAGUCUUUCAGUCUGUACAGUCGCCUCAAGGACCAACUGGCCCACGCUCACGCUCCGGACAUGGAGCGAUUUGAUGCCAUGCUGCACAGCAUGCAGUCCUGGACAUCCUGAUGCACCAAGCUUUAGUCUCCUCCCACAACACAAUGCGUUAACAAGUGUUGCACACCAAUCACCUCUGCUGACACUAUUACUAUCACGUUAGCUCAUGCUCUUAACUCUCCAGGAUAUCGUCCGGUUUCACGAAAUGGUAUUUUACUGUCUACUGAAGCUAGUUAUGUCACCCUGACCAAGCACACCGCGCUCUCCUGUUCCCAUACGAGAACUUUGAAAGGUCUCUCAAGGCGACAUCGACACCUCACUUUUGCGUGACCUUAAUCUUACGGUGCAGCAUGAAAACAGGUCACAGGUCUUUAAUUUAUUUAUUUAUUCCCAUGCAGGAGAAAAAGUAUUUCUCAACCACUUAUUAUGGAUUGAACUGUACGUGCCUCUGAUUCUAAAAACCAUGUCUGUACCUAGUAGUGCUUGAAGAGGAUAAAGGUGUCCAUUGUAUUCUUAUAUAUAAUCUUAAUAUUAUAAGACUAUAUAUAUAUAUAUAUAUUUAGUCUUUUAGUACUUUCCGUGCCCAUCAUAUUGACCUGCAUGCUGCAUUUUUCUUUUUUGGAUCUAAUCAUACCACACUCAUAAACAUUACCUGAACAUGAUGUUUUCGUUCAUGGAGCAGCAUGCCUUGCUUUUUUUGUUUUUGUUUUUAUUAUUGCGUUCAAGACAUCUGAAUUUAGAAAAGACUGCAUCUCAGGUGUUUUUGCCACAAGUCAGUUCAAAUCGUGUAUUAAAAUGUGUUAAGUUGCCUUCUUUAUCUUCAUUUGUCCAGUAGGAAUACUGACUGACUUUUACAACUAGGUAAUUUUCCAACCAUUGACAGUUGGGACUUGCUGUCUUAUCGAACACUGUAGCUUCAGCAGUCGUUUUGGACAGGAUGAUAUGUUUCUCGUCCUUUGUACUCUAACCAUAUCUUUUUCAGCGAUAUGCUCCGGCUCACGUUCCCACAUCGCAUACAGUUUAUAUGUCACCACACCUGACAAGAUAUUAUGUAGGUCUGAAAACUGAACUGCAAUACAACAAUAUAAUGUAUUAACAUACUGUGAAUUGAAUUAUAGUUUCUAAACUAUACAGUUUACGUGCUUAUAUAAUCGUGGUCUGAAACAGAAACGUAUUUAAGUUGUGGUUUAUUUUAAAUGGCUGACAUGUUGUUUGCCUGGCUUUGUGCCUGCAGAGAUAUUCUCUCCUCUCUUCCAACGUAUUUCAAACUUGAGACCAAGCUUGCUGAACAUUACCCAGACCAACGGCUCAAAGUGCAUCUCAAAGUAUCAUGUGUCUGUGUGUCUCACUACGGCCUGAUGCUAAUGCCCGGUAGCUUUCUUACUCCAAGUGCACUUUUCGGGGCAAAAGAGUGAAUCAUUAAAACACUGGCCAACACUUUUAUAUCAGAGUGCAACGUUACUAAAUUUGCCGGGAAAAAAAUUGCAUUAUGAUUUCCUCUCAACUGAAGUACUUAUUUUGAAUCCAGCUCCAUGUCUGUACGCCCUCUGCACCCAGCUACUUGAGUGAUUUUCCUUUAAAAAGUGUUGCUUUGUACUAUUUUAAAUGCCAUUUGCCUGAUUUAGUGAAAAACAAACAUAAGAUUGACGUAUUAAACUGCUCACAUCCGACUUCAGGGAGCUUUACAGCUUAAGCACUCUUCUCAAUAAUAAAACAAAGAAACUGAAAA